GGUGAGAAGCGGGAUCUGCGCUGUGCAUUGGGCAUUGCCAGCUACUGUAAGUGACCUGCGUGUUGCCUUGAGUUUGAAGGCACUGCCAUAGCUAAAAUACACUAGUUUACUCUUCCUCUGAAUGCCAAAAAGCAAGAAUGUGAAGGGAAAGAAAUGUGCGUGCCGUUUGGACAGGUGCAUUCCGGAUCAUCACCAGAAGUAGUCUUUUUCUUCCAGACUGGCUCUGAAAAUGGAUUAUCAGGAGUCAGCGGAUUUCAUGCAAACUCUGUUUUCAAACAGACAGUAAAGGAGAUCUCUCCGAACUCAACUGGCCAUGCAUUGGGACAGGCAUCUGUUCUGACAAUGGAUUACUAACCUGCGUUUGCGUCCAGACUGCUAAACAUGAAACAACGCUGGAGUCUUCGGUUUGUGAUGGUGAUCCUGAAGUGUGCAAUGGUCUUAUUUCCUGGAUUCCUGGACUUCACAGAGUCCAGAUGUGUUGGCCGUGCUUGCAGCCCUCCUAUGGGCAACUUGGCCAGUGGCAGGACCCUGUUCACGCUGACUAGCUGCUGCACUAAUAGCUCCUCCUGCCUGCCGACCCAGCCACGCUGUCUAGCAGAGCUCCAUCCUCCUGCCCUCAUGGCCGAUGACCCGUUCACUAAUCCAGAUACCUGGUGGGGCUCAACAGCGGCCAGUGGAGAACAGGAAGAAAUUCGUCUCGACUUGGAGACACGUUUCUGCAUGAGUCACGUUGUGAUGUUGUUCUCUUCUCCACGUCCUGCUGCUAUGAGGUUGGAGCGCUCGCAGGACUUUGGCCAGACCUGGGAGACACUAAAGCUGUUCGCCAGGAACUGCACUGAGAUGUUUGGCCUUCCUGAUGAUGUAAGUCAACCAGGAGCUGUCUGCACUACCAGAUAUUCCAGUGCACUUCCAUGCAGCCGAGGAGAGGUCAUAUUUCGAUCCAUAGGAUUGGGAAGUGGGAUUGUCGACCCCUACAGUCCUGAGGCACUGUCCCGUCUGACAGUGACAAACUUACGAAUACAGCUUUUAAAAUCUCAGCAGUGUCCUGUCUCAAAGGGGCAACAGGACAUUCCGGAACAGUCAAACCCAUCUUUUUUACCUACAGUUCCCAGCAGGUCGCGAACAGCUCCCAUACCCAGUUCUGAUCUUCUGGAUUCAGCCCCAUUUGCUGUGUACUCUCUUCUGGCUAAAGGCACGUGUUUGUGUCAUGGCCAUGCUGAACAUUGUCUUCCUGAAAAUGAAGGACAAGACAGUUUGCAGCAGAGUAAUGUGGUGUCAGGGAAGUGUGUGUGUGCCCAUCACACAGCGGGCGAUCACUGCGAGAGGUGUGCCUCGCUCUACAACGACCAGCCCUGGAGAGCAGCCAAUGGAAGCAGCGGAGAGAGCAACUCAUGCCAGAAGUGUGAAUGUCACGGGCACUCAGAGAGCUGUCAUUUCUCCCAGCGAGUGUGGUUGUCCACAGGGGGCAUCAGUGGGGGUGUCUGCGACCACUGCCAGCACAACACUGUGGGCCGCCGGUGUCAGCGCUGCCGUCCGGGAUACCACCGCCACCCUGCCAGACACCUCAACUCCCCGCAUGCUUGCACACGAUGUUGGUGUGACCCAGCUGGUUCCGUGUUAGUGCAUUCUGCUGACGAGAUGCCAUGGUGCCAUCCUAGAAGCGGACAGUGCCACUGUAAGCCUGGUGUGGGAGGAACCACCUGUAGCCACUGUCUGCUGGGACACUGGGGCUUUGGAGAGGAGGGCUGCAAACCCUGUGUGUGCCCUUUGACCUGUGACCCCAUCACAGGUCACUGCCUCGACAGCAAAGGCAGUGUCAGGCUUUACAAUGUACCAAUUGGUGGGAAAAUUCCUGAACUGUCCCACUUUAAACCUCAAGAGGAUGAGAGGGCCUGGCCUAAAGAACUGGCCGUCUCUGCACUGUACUUCACAGGGAAGUGCAGCUGUAAGGAAAAGAAGCUGAAAAGCGUGGCCGAUCUUUGCAAGAUGAAACAUGCAUACGUGAUCAAAGCCAGUGUUCUGUCAGCUCAUGAUAAAGGCACACAUGCUGUAGUCCUGGUGAAGGUGAGAAAGGUCUUCCGUUCAGGAAAACUGAUGCUUUCUCAGGGCACACACACUCUGUACCCGCUGUCCUGGACAAGCCGUGGCUGCACCUGUCCCAUCCUCAACCCAGGUGCAAGCUAUCUGCUAGCAGGUCCUGAAGAAGUGGACUCAGGACGGUUACUGGUCACCAUGCAGAGUCUGGUCGUCCCCUGGACCCCCAUCCUGGGCUUUCAGGUCACAGAAGCACUACAUCAGGGUUGCCUAUGAGCACAACUGUACCCAAAAUGUACAGUAGCACAAACUUGAAAUCACGCCAUUGUACCAAAGCAAGCAGUUGGAUCUUAAAUGGACCAUGAGCCUCAGGUUCAACUUAAAUUGUGGGUCAUUACAAGAUUAAUAAAGUACUGCAUUGAACAAUCAAUUACAUUUUCAUACAACAAAAACGUAUUGUGGACAUGGAUAUGACAUUUAAAGACUUUCUUUUUCUAUUCCUUUCUUCAUAGUUAUUAGAUUACCAUCAGAAAUGGUUUCAAACAAAUGAUAAACAUGAGACAAUUAAUUUUGUCAGUAAUUCAAGUGUAUUUUUUUUUUAUUUGGUUCUUUGUUACAAUUCUGUCAAGUGUUUUUAAAAAUGCAUUUCAAUAUGUCACAACAGAAAAAUAUGAGGUAUGGACUGAUUCAUAUUCUCCCAGAGCUUAUG